AUGCAUAGUGGUCAACAACUGUUACGUGUUGUUAAUCGAGUCUUAUCCGAUCAUGAAAAUCAAUUUUAUGAAUAUACAUUAAUUAUUCAUAAUAUAACAUUCGAAGAUGAAACAGAUAUAAAAAUUACUGCAAAAUCUUCUGCAUUAGAAAAAAUUAAAAUCAUUAAACCAAAUGUAACUGGUAAUCCUGUUGGUCAAUUUUCUUUUGUAUCAGAUGAUACUUCACAUACAAUUUCAUGGCGUGAUGAAUAUGAUAUAAAUAAAGUAAAUAUUUAUUCAUAUGGUAUAUAUGAACGUGAAUCAUAUCGUAUUGUUUGUACGGUUCGUCAUCGUGCUGAUAUAUCACGACCAUUAAAAAUAUUUAUGCAUGAUAUUCAAUGUUCAAUGGAAAAUUGUUUAUCAGAUAUUAUUGAUAAAACUUGUCAAUCAUCAUCGAAUUCACGUUUAUUAACUACAACAGAAAAUCGUGUAAAUAAUUUUCAAACACAAUUUAUUAGCAGUGAAUCACAAGUUAUUAAUGAUCCAUCAAUUGGUCAUCAAUAUAUUUGUUGUUAUGAACAAAAUGGAUUAAUUAUGUUAGCAAAAUCAUUAACAGCAUUAGCACGUAAUCGUAAUAUGUUUGUUGUACGUAAACCAGAAUUUAGUUUAGUUACUGGAGAUAUUUUAACAUAUAGAUGUGAAAGUCAUGAUUUGAUUUAUGAUGAUCUUCGAAUGAUUUAUAAUGAUGGUUUAUUUACAUAUGAAAGAAAUCGUUUUGAUGCUCAAUGGUAUUCAUUGGGAAGUAAACAACCAAAACAAACUGAUAUCGAAUGGUCAACACCGACAAGUGAAAAUAUUCGAGACACAAUUAUUGAAGUAAAAACAUUACCAUUAAGGAGAAUUGGUAAAAUUGGUUUUUUUCAAUGUAUGGCUUUAUCUAAACGACCGGAUGUUGUUGUGAAUAUGAAUGAUACAUAUAUAAUUCAAGUAGAUGAUCCUGUACCAUUAAAAUUUAAAAAUAAUCUACCAAUAAUUCAAAAACUUGAACGAAAAUCAGGUAUUAAUGUUGAAUUUGAUUGUUUAUAUGAUGGACGACCACAACCGAAAAUCAAUUGGCUUAAAGGAAAAUUACCAUUAUCAACUGAUGAUUCAACAUUACAAAUUCGUGAUAAUAAUGGAAGUGUUCAUAUCACUCGUGUUCAAGCUUCUGAUACUGGUUAUUAUACGUGUGAAUUAAUUAAUGGUCGUGAUCCAACAUUACGUCGAAGUUUUGAUUUACGUGUUAAAACUCCAUAUUUGCAUUCAAGAUUUCGUCGAUUAAUAGCCAUAUUUAUAAUACUAUCUGCUUUUUUAAUACUUAUUCUACUUAUUUUACUUAUCGUUCUGGCUGUAAAAUAUUAUAAAAUGAAAAAAAUAGUUGAAACAAGUGUUUUUCAUGCUCAUCAACCAGCUGAACCCGAAGAUAAAUCUCAACCACCAAUGACACAAUUACCACGUAUACGAUUACCAGAUAAUUUUGCAUCAACACAACAAGUUCGUACAUUACUUGGUUAUGUUAAUGGUGAUAUAGCACCUGCACUAGCUGAUGAUUUCAAAGAACUUGGUCACGGUCAAUAUGGUGUUGUUUAUCAAGUACGUUUACCAGAAGUUGGUCUUGUUGCUGCAAAAUUAUUACCACAAUCUAUACGUAAUAUUGAACGUCGUCGUGAUAAACGUAAGAAAGGUGAUGAUAAUGAAGAAAGUCAAGAAAUGAUUACAAAAAAACAUGAAAGUCAAAAGAAAAAAGCAGCUGAAAUGUUAAUUGAUGAAAUUAAAGUUAUGCAUAAAGCUGGUAAACAUGUUAAUAUUGUUUCAUUACUUAAAGUUGCAUAUCCAGAAACAAAAAUUAAAUAUAUAAUAACAGGUGGACUUGUACGUGAUGAAGAUUCAUUUUAUUUAAUGGAAUUAUGUUCAAAUGGUUCACUUGAAUCAAUGCUUAAACGUUUUCUUCAACCAUCAUCAAAUAUAUCAGAUAAAAAAUUAUCAUUAUAUGAAACACUUGCUAAACACAAGGAUGUAGGAAUGACUAUUCCACAAGCACAUGAUUCGUGUAUAUUAACAGAUGAUGAUUUAAUAUUAGCUUCUUACCAAGUUGCUUGUGGUGUUGAUUAUUUAAAUAGACGACAAAUAGCUCAUUGUGAUAUUGCAGCAAGAAAUGUUUUAGUUAGUUCAAGAUUUAUUAUGAAAAUAUGUGAUUUUGGUUUGGCAACAUGGACAACAUAUAAAAAUUAUCGUGAACAACUUGCACAAAAUGAUAGUGUACAACUUCAAAAGAAACAUAAUGAACUAGCAACACAUAAUUUAACACCAGAACUUGCUCGAGCUAUUUUACGUGCAUCAACUCCUGAUGAACGUAUUUUACUUAAUAAAGCAUCAAUAAAAUCUGAUGUAUGGUCGUUUGGAAUAUUUCUUUGGACAUUAUUUCUUAAAUGUCGAAUUCGACCAUUUAAUAGACUUUUAGAAGAAAUGGAAAAUAAAAUGGAUGGAGAAACAUUUUUUCAUCGACUUGCUCGUGUAGUUAGUGAAGGUCGUGUUCUUAAAUAUAUUGAUUAUCAACCAGAAAUUCCAAGCAAUAUUUAUGCUAUUAUUCGUGAAUGUCUAGUCGAUGAAAAUAGUCGACCAGAAAUGACACGAAUUCGUGCUCUUCUAUGUCAUUCAAAAAUGUUAUCAAAACAAGCUUUUGAAUAUUAUCGAAAUGAAUAUAAUCGUUAUCAAGAAGACAAUGAAACAGAUGAGAAUGUUUUUCUUUUUGGUGAAGAUCAAGGUGUUAGUGAAUUACCAACAUUUCAUAAUGAUAAUACAAGUCCAUCUAAUUCUCCUCGUAAUAAUGAUGUUACAUAUCGUUCAACAACAACAAAUGAUUAUUAUCCAACAGCAAGUGAUAAUACAUCUCAUACAUAUUUAUCUCAAUCAGAUAAAGAUUAUUCUGAACAAAGAGAUGAUUCAUAUUUAACACCAUUGACACCAUCAACAAAAACAAAUAAUAAUAAUCAACAACGAACAAUAGCUGGUGGUAUAUCUGACAAAUUGAUACCAUUAGUUAAAGAAAAUAAGAAUACUCAAUCACAAUCAACAACUGAAUCAAAUAUUCCUUCUGUUAUUCCUAAAGUUCGUGCACCAUUAAGACCACCACCGCCUCCACCACGUUUAUCAACAAAACGUGAUGGUGAAGGUGGUGAUAGUUAUGUAUAA